GCAUACGCCCGCAACGCGCUGGCACGCACUGCCACUGCCACCUCGGAUGCUAUGGCACCGGCCAAAGCGACUGGCAUAGCAAAGAAGAGUGCGACUAGGAACAAGAAACAGCCGCCUCUCGCACAACCGAAAGAGCUGCUUGAGGAAGAUAGGGAACAUCUCCGGCACUGGCUGUCCAGGACUGACAAGCCUUUUGGUGUCAAGGUCGCUGCGCUGACGCGAAAGCGCAAGCGGCAGGAAGAGAUGCAUGUGGAAGAGGGGCUGCUAGUACCCGAUCUCAGGGUGCUGUACGCAGUCAAGCCUCGCGACAAGUGGGAUAGCUUGAGGAAGUAUAAAAAGUUCACAGUUGGAACCGAAAGCAUUGCGACUGGACAAUGCAUACUAGUCAAGCACGACGCCUCAACCGAGGAUGUAAGGAUGGCGUCUGAGACGCAGUGGAAGGCACAAGUGCUCGAAAUUAGAGCCCUGGACAGUGAGCAUGUUUUUAUAAGAGUUGCAUGGCUCAACAGGCCGGAGGAUCUCACCUCAGGUCGGCUGCUACAUCACGGCAAAAAUGAGCUGAUUGUGACCAAUGAAAUGGAUGUGAUCGAUGCAAUGUGUGUGAAUGGCAGUCUCGAGGUUGUGGCAUUAGAUGAUGAAGACGAUGAGAGCGGGACUGUUGAGGAUCAAUACUUCUGGCGGCAGACAUUCGAUAUAACAACCAAGAAAUUCUCGGAAUUACGGCAGAUCUGCAUUGACAAGAAGCCAGCAAACCCAGAUGAGAUGAUAAUCCAGUGCUCAAACACAGCUUGUCGAGAAUGGCUACAUGUCAAAUGCAUUGCUGAACAAGCGCUCAGAGACCAUGAAAAAGCUGCCCGACAAGGAGUUCACAACAGAGAGGCUUCUCGCGCCAAAGAUGACAGCAACGAAGAGGCUGGCGCCACACCUGCAGUAUUCACUUUGAACAAGAACAAGACCAAAGUGGAAGUCUAUGUCAAAGGUGACCCUACUGGACCGGACGACGUACCUGCGACGAACUCAGAGAUUGUUGUGAUUCCAAGAGUUGGUCCAGCCUAUGCACAAGACCUUGUAUGUCUGAUGUGCUCGGUGCCGCUUGCGGAUGACAUCUAAAUGUGAUGCCUGUUCAUUGCUUGCAACGCAAUGCCAACAGUCUCAAUCUCAGUCUCUGAUGAUUCCUCCACGCUACUGCAGGAACGUGCACAUCGCCAUGAGCCGGCGGAGCCGUUCCUCUUGGUAUAUCUAGUUAUGGACGGUAUGCGAGUAUUUCGCGCUUCUUGUCCUGCGCAAGACUACAAGCAGCAUUAGCCUUCCUUACCGACGUGAGCUGGACGCUGAUAUUUGAUGUUGUCUCUUGCUCGAAGCAGUAACACUGUGGGGGGGGCUAUAUGUGUGUGAGGCACUGUGUAGGUGUGCUUCGGUCGGCGAUUUGGACCUUUCUCACUUAUUUGACAAGACGCAGAGAAGUGACUACGAAUCUAC